UGUCAAAACAAAACAACAGCCGCUGAUGAUUACAUUUGUGAGAUUGUAAAGGACAAUCAAAAUUGUUUGAAUGGUGACUGAAAAGUGAUUGAACAUAGUUUUAUAAUUAUAUAGCAUUCGUUCUCAACGGUGAGACAAUAUUAUAUUGUUGUUUGAUGAGGAUUUAAGAAAAUUACGCAAAACUGAACUCGACUGCGACAUCAAAAUCUCAGCGACAAAAAAAGUCGUCGCAAAUCAUAACAUUAUUGAAAAUCGCUUACGAUUUUUCCUGCUUUCUUCUUAUUGUGAAUGUACUAUUGUUCAUUGCAUACAAUAAUAUGGAGGCAUUAGACAUUCCAAAUGAAAGUGUAAUGGCAAUGGCCAUCCGAUACGGUCUGUAUAUUGGGGCAUUUUGCCAAAUGAUUUGUUUGGGCGCUGUCAUUUUCAUGGUGCCAAAAGGUUUACCCAGAUCAUGGAAAUGGAAUGUUCUUAAGGCCGAUUUGGAAGAGUAUAGUUCGAGCCAGUCAUCGCCACAAGAAACUCCAAAGCGACCAUAUGCUCAUCGAAGCCGUAAACAAGACAAGAAAAAACGACGCUAAAUUGACACACACAUAUAUUGAAAUACUUACAUCCAUAUAGCAUUCGUUACACAAAUUAGUCAGCAUCAGUGAUAAACUUCCAUAUACUAUUGCUUCAAAUAUCAUUCAACACAACCAAACUUUUAUGUGCAUCAUUCUAUUUAUUAUAAUAAGUAUUUAUACGAAUAAUUUGAAUUUUAAGUACAAAUGUCGAUUCAAACUAACAACCAAUACGACUACAUUGGAAAAUGUAUAAGAAAACGACAGCCACUUUGAACAAAAAGACUAAUUUCAUUCAGUUAUUUAAAUAAAACGUAUUCACACACGAUACUCAAAUCAAGAAA